AUGCUUUGGCAUUGCAUGACGAUGAACUACCUUGUACUAGAGAAACUAUACCAUUCAUCAGUUUAACACUAGAUUCUAGCAAUUUAUAUCAUAUUGUUAAGUUGUAUCAUUGAGUUAACAGAGCGAAAGGUUGUAUUCUGCAAGUGGGAUUAACGUUACCAGUGAAAGUGGCCGCUAAAUGGAUGAAAGCGUAAAAAUCUUUCUGUCUAGCUGGUAAUUUGGCAAAUAACACAUUGCCCUUCACUUAAGUUUUUCUCGAAUUACUAGUUAAACUGUUAAGAUGUAGAUUAAAGCUUUGAAAAGACAGGCCCUCCUUGCUCAUCCCGGUAUGCACACUGUUUAAAAUAUCCCCUGUUUGGAAGAUGGCCAUAUUUUAGGUGUUCUAGGAAAACAAGCAGUUUAAAAUUUGCAAAACCGUAACAAAGAAAAGAAUGACAGAACUCGAGGAACUAGAGGAAGUGUUCUUCUAUCCUUCCCCCUCGUCCCACCUUCCACACUCAGAAAGAUCUUGUUCGUUUCUUUUGCACCCUAGCCUACCCCGACCCCCGAGAGCUUUUUGCAGCUGUUUUUCACCAAAGAAGAUGACUAGUCUAACAGCAAAAGGUAAACCUCGCGGAUGAAAUCAAUAAAUUUUCGGUCAAACGAAACAAAAAAGUAAACGUAGCAAUAAAGCUAAGAUAGCCUGACAAGUAUAUUGGUGUCGUUUCACGAUUCCCUGAAAUAAUCAGUCCGCCAUUUUUUCAAGUUCACAACCAAAACAACUCAACCUCGUCCCCAGGUCUUCUCGGUUAACGAUGCCUUAACCUGCGAAAACGCUGCAUUUUUUACGUCAUUUCCUCGUUAAAGUCAAAAUUCUUCCACAUUUGGUCAUCAGUAACUGGUUAUGGUGAAUUAAACGUGUGUUUUUAGCCAAUCAGAAUCGGGGAAAUAUUUUGAAUGAAUAAUAAAAAUUGUUUCGCGCCAAAAGGGGACGAUUAUUCGAGGGAAGGCGAUUAUUUCAAAUGCAUGUAUUGCUCACUGGAAGUCGUGCACUAAAUAUUUUGCUUUAUAAUCCCUUUACUUAUCAAAAAUAAUCACAUCAAAUAAACUUAACAUGGGCUUUUUAAGUGUUCCAAAUUUGUUUCCCUGUUUAAUCAUCAAUUUUAAUAUCAUCGGUGUCAGAUGAGUAGAGUCGUUACUACCAGUUUUGUAAGUAUUGAGUUGUAAACAAUCAGUAAAUAAAAGCUUGUUUGUUGUCAUAGGUGUCAAUUUUCCUCGACAGGGAGGGACGAAGAUAGCGAAAGGGGUGGGUGGGGGUGAUUGUACGGUCAACUCUCUGUUGACGAACACCUCCAUAAGACUGACACCUCUCUAAGUCACCUGUUGUUGGUCCCUGCCGUUUUUCAGUCAUUUUACUGUAACUAUACUCUUUAAUAUAUAGAUUUACCCAGGGCUAAAAGCGAAGCUCUAGUUAAUAUUAAUACUUAUAAAAAAAGAAUUAAAUCGUGUAAUGUUAAACGUAGACGGAAAUGAAAAUGGCAUCAAGAUCAAUCGAUCUAAUUAGCAAAAAAAACAUUGCAAGUGCUGCACACUUUUUUUUCUUACUGCAAAAUACCGUGAAUUUGCACGUGCAGCACGCAUUUUUGUCUUUCUUUGCCGUUGUUUUGCACGACCACAACGCUGUUUUGUACGACUAAAGCGUCAAACUUUUUAUGGAAGAAUUGUCGUAUGUGCCUACCCAAUAUUUUGUUCCUUGUGUUCAUGUUCGCUUUCAUUUUUCACUGGCCCUCAUUUACACCCUGCUGGCCGCUAGCAUUUCUCAGGGACCUGUCAUUUAUUAGAGCGGGGGAGGGCUGGUGCAAUUCUUUUUUCCCAGGUGAAUUUUUGUCAUGCCCUCCCCCAAUUUCCUGCAGAAAAAAAUGUAACCCUCCCCCUUGUAUGGUCCAAAAUAGUUAUGACCCUCCCCACGCUAAAAGAUAUGACAGGGAUUAUUAAAAGAGAUCAACUUUUACCUUGUGAUGAAGGGAGGCGCUAAUACGACAUUUAGGAACAGGUAUGUAAGAUCACCUCAAGCAUUGACGCAAUAUUGAGCGCGAACAAUCUUGAUGCUGCUGGAAAAUUUUACACGACCGAUUAUUAUAUGUUCUUGUCCCAGCUGAUCAGUUAAUACUGAGGGCGAACAUUAUGGAGCUCUGCAGUGAGUUACUAGAGAACAUAUCAGAUAUGGAUAGACGAAUUAAAGCUCACCUUAACACCCUGUUUCACUCAAAGACUGGUAAUUUUGAUGUUAUUACUAGGCUUGAUGAAGCUAAAAAAAGAGUAAACAGUGAAUUGAAAUAUCUUAAUGAGAAACUUGAUCAAUGCAAAGACAUGUUUCGUGGUGUGUUACUGUUGAAAAACAAAUCAAGAAAAAGAUCACAGAAACAGAACAAAAGGAAGAGCAAACAAAAGGAAACAACAGAGAGAAAGUAAAAAUUUUAAACUGCUUCCUCAAUUGACAAUGUGAAUGUAGAAUCUCUUGCUCGCCUUUCAUUUAGACAGGUCAGGUGGCUGACAAAAAUGGCAAAGAAUGGUCACUUGACAGAAAGAGCCAUUACAACAACACAAGACUAUCUACAAGGUUUUAUGGAAGAAAGUGAGCAAGAACUGGAUACAGUUAAAAGUCUCUCUGGGGAAGAUAGUGACAGCUUGACAGAGAAUGAGGAGUGUGGUGACUAAACCUUAAAUAUUGUGAUGCUCCACUCACGGGUCUAAUGUGAGCUGGAUUAAUCUAUACUGUUUCAACAUUUAAUAUGUGUUGAUUAGUUAGUUCUCACAGAAAAUCUUCAAGAACGUUUACAUAUAAAAUGUUUUGUUUGAUAUUUAAAGACCGCUUUUAUGCAAUAGUUGACAUACAUGUAGGGUUGUUGGGUUGUUCACGUUGAUUAUUAUUAAAGUUUAAAAUGCUUUCUGUACAAGGGACUUGUUUGUUAAAUAAUGUAUUUUAUUUUAUUUUAUUUAUUUUUGUUUUAAGUGAACAGCAAUGUUUCCUAAAAAUGGUAUGGCCCUCCCCAAAGCCCAGCUUAAAAUUUUUGGUGACCCUCCCCUUUUUGGCUACAUAAAAUGUAAUGACCCUCCCUCCAUUUGCACCAGCCCUCCCCCCCUCUAAUAAAUGACAGGUCCCUCAUUUUCUUCCCGCCGCUUUGAAUUUUGAGAAUUUUCUUCCUACGGAAUUCGUCUCCUUUGUUUUCAAUCACUCGCUCUAGCUCUUUCUUUGUUAUCCACUUGAGUAUAAACAUAAAAAAAAACGUCAAAGAAGACACGGCUUUGUUGUUGUUUUUUCUUUCUAAAAGUCCGGGCGGCUGUGCGAUUUCCUUCCAAAUAAAACAUUGUGCUAUACCUGUCGAUUGAGUUAUUUUACUUUGGUAUGCCUGUGGUGCGGAUGGACGGUCGGUCAAGAGGGCGGGCGGGCGUACCGUCACGUGACUACCAAAAGUUCUCGGAUGGCCGUGGACAGGGUUUUCGUCGAUCGGUAUCAUUUUAAGAAAGUUCAGUUCACUGUUUUAACGGGAAACAACAUUUCUUGAAUUCCGCACCACAGAAUCGGCACAUCACGUAUCCCGCGCAUAAUUCAAAUUCCGAGGGUCCCCUAUAGCGUUCUUCAAUCCCGUAAUCUCGAGGGUUAUUUUUGGCGUCUCACCUCCUAAGCAUACUUUCAAUCCCGAAACUCGCCCGAAUCAAAUCCCGAAUCCCGAGCUUCAAAUAAGGGAAAUCCCGGGUCCCCAAAAACCUAUUCGGCACCCUUCAAUUCGGGAUCCAACGCUAAAUCGAGCUCUGCAUUUCAUAUGAAUCCCGAAUCCCGCGGGUAAAUAAGUUAAAUACCAAAUCUCGAAAAAAAACCUUUUCGGAGGACCCACAACAAUUCUGCCCAGAAAGUCCCAGAAGUUCCCUCACUUUGAAUUUCCGCCAAUUUUUUAACCUAAAAAGUAUUACUCUUGCUGGGUUAAGGGAUUAUUUUCCCAUAUCAGUUACAACUCAUGGUGGGUUGUAUCCAUUUCAGUGAGGAAAUUUAAUAAGUCACGUUUCAGCUUCCGCUUUUCGUUUUGCUUAACAUAAAACGCUCUGAGUUUUCGUCGCCAAAGAAGAUUAACUUAACACCUUCAAUUUGUUAUCUCGAGAUUGACGCUGUGUAUCUCUGAAAACUGUUUUAAACAUGAAACAGCCGACUAAUAAGGAAGACAAGAAGACAGACAGAAGAAAAACACUCCACAGCUUGUGUUCUGUGUCAGCUUUGCUGUUGUCUGUUGCGUGUUGUAUGGCUCUAAUUCACGUGGAACUCCGAAUACAACAACAUCAUCGACUGAUAUCACACUCGGUAACAUUCUGUGAUCAGAUGGAAACGCAGAUUCUGAGGAAAGUUCAGCAGAAUUACGAACGAUGGCAAGUUACGAAAGCUGAUGGCAUAAAAGGUCAUUUGCAAGGGACAAAUAGUAAGGAAAGGUUUUACAAAAUUUUCUGGUUUUUGAUAUUAACAUCAGCUUGUUUCAAAUCCUGGCGAUUAUGAAAAUUAUCCUUGUUUGACAUAAGAAGAGCUUUGUUCAAAAUUUGUUCUGAGUACUCGCUUAGAAUCCGCAAUAAGAGCACAGGCUUAUAAUCGGUGAGGCUGUCAAGAACAGGGGAAUAAGAGAGCCAACCAACGAAAGGACAUUCUUAACAAAAAAAACAGCCCGUCCUGAGUAAGUUUAAAAGUAUCACUGCACAUUUCGAACGAACGAUAUUAUAACAACCUUCAGCUACACUGAUACAGUAAAUGAAAAUGAAAAUUAUAAUUAUUCGCCUCUAUCGAACACAAAAUGAGUCCGUAUUUCCUUUGGGCUACAUACGAGGAGUUGGCUAAUUAGCAAAUGGACAUGACUUGAACUGAAUUGAGUGUAUAUUGUUGGCUUAGCUCGGUAAGAAUUUAAAAAGACUAUUUUUUGAAAGUAACUGAGGAAGCGUGUCAGGAAGAAAAACCGUCAAGACAGCUGUCGUAUUUUAGAUUGUUUUCACUUUUGGGGGUUUGUUUGCUUUUUCUUUGGUACGAUGUAUAUUUCUAUUUUUACUUAAUCCUCAGAAAGGGCUUUAUUUAAUGUUUUGUUAGGUCUUGGCAACUAUGAAAACGUCAAUUCAAGACAGAAGAGAGUGUCACCCGCUAACUCACGAACAAAAUCGGUCCAAACAGAAUCGCAAGUAAAACUACUCAUCAAAGAAGAGCUUCGAGUGCUGCAAAACCAAUUCUGUGCAAAAGAUGAAAAGCUUUGCCGCUCAGGACCAAAAGGUAAUGCAGGGCGACGGGGAAGACCGGGAUUCCGAGGGAGACCAGGCUCCCCAGGGAAGCCCGGGCCAGAAGGACCUCCUGGUAAACAUGGGCCAGUAGGACCUCCUGGACCCGUCGGCAUUAAAGGGGAUCUCGGAGUACCGGGGGCCCCUGGUCCCAUGGGUCCUAGAGGCCCACCAGGUCAAAAGGGAACCAAGGGUCAGCCGGGCCAGUCCAUCACGGCUCCUUCUCUGCUGCAGAGUCCUGUUGAAACAACUGUCAAUCAAAGUCAGACGGCCAUCUUAAAAUGUUCAGCGGAUGGAAAUCCAACUCCACAGAUCACGUGGUCUAAGAUGAACUCGCGGCUUCCGGUGGGACGUCACAAAGUAGAGUCCAGUGGUGCUCUGAUUUUGAAGGACGUGAGGCCUGAGGAUGAGGGAGUCUACAGCUGUGAAGCUAAAAACUUACUGGGGAGCGUCAACGCUUCAGAGAAACUCACUGUACAGUGUAAGGAGGCUUUGUGUUACACUUGUUAAUCACAUUUUGGGUGCCACUGUUUUUCUUAAACCACGCUCUAAAUUAGACUUUCUUUUAUUAAUAAACGACCCUCAUUCUCUAUUUCUCAACAGUUGGUCCGCAACUUUCCUUGUUAUCCAAUCGACUGAUGGCUGAAGAGAAACAAAACGUCACCAUUGCUUGCAACGCUACUGGUCAGCCGUCACCUAACAUUACGUGGUCCAAAUCCGUAGGAAGAUUACCUGAAAGCAGAAGUCACGUGCAAGGUGGAACCAUGAAAAUCAUUGGAGUCGCAAGAAAAGAUAGUGGAAUAUACAUUUGUAAAGCAGACAAUAUUCUGGGUUCCCCCACAGACACUGUUUUACUAAUUGUAUACUCUCCGUUGCGGUUCAAAGUCCAUCCUCCACAAGAAGUGACUCCGAACUAUGGUUCCACUCUCCGUCUGCCGUGUGUGGCCGAGAGUGAGCUGAGUACCACAAUUACUUGGUUAAAAAAUGGCGCUGGUGUCUUUCCAGCUAACACAUAUGUUCUCCAUAGAGGUACCCUAGUUCUCGAGAACAUCAAGAAGUCCACUGAAGGUUAUUACACCUGCAGAGCAAGCAAUGCCCUGUCAACAAUAGAAGCUAAAGUCAAAAUCGAUGCUCCGAUUUCUGCUUCCUGUUCUGAAGUUAAAAAAUACAUCAACAGUGUCAGCGGAAAUUACGUCAUUGAUCCUGAUGGCGAGGGCGGUCUGGCACCAUUCACGGUGUUCUGUGACAUGACUGAUAAAAGUGGAGUUGGCGUGACAGUCAUUGGUCACGACAGUGAGAGCAGAACACAUGUUGACGGAUGUGAAAAUGCGGGGUGUUACUCACGUGACAUUCAUUACACAGGAGCGAGUCUGUCUCAGCUGGCGAGUCUCACCCGAAUCUCUUCCCAAUGUGAGCAGUUUAUCAAGUAUGAAUGUUAUAAUUCGGGUUUGUGGCUUAGCAGUCCAAACGGGUGGUGGGUGUCACGUGAUUCUGCUAUAAUGAAGUACUGGGGUGGAGCGUCACCCGGUAGUGGUAAGUGCGCAUGCGGGAUAACCAACUCAUGUGCACACUCCAGUGAUCGUUGUAACUGUGAUAACAACGACAAUGUAUGGCGUGAGGACAGCGGUGUUCUCACUGAUAAGACAAAGCUUCCAGUCAAACAACUCAGGUUUGGUGAUGUGAAUACUGGCGAGGAAGGUUACCACACUCUGGGGAAGCUGAAGUGCUUUGGUAUUGCAUGACAAUGCACUACCCUGUACAAGGGAAACUAUAUCGUUCAUCAGUUUAACACAGCUUCAAGCAAUUUAUCUUAAAUUGUUAAGUUGUAUCAUUGAGCAGUAAAUUAACAGAGCGAAAGGUUCUAUUCUGCAAGUGGGAUAUUAACGUUACCAGCGAAAGUGGCCAAUAAAACUGAUAGUUCAAUGGAUGAGAGCGCGUACAGAACUCUCUCCCACCUUCCACACCCAGAAGAGCUAAUGUUCGUUUCUUUUCCGCAUGCACCCGUACCCCGAUCCCCGAGAGCUUUUUGCAGCUGUUUUCCACCAAACAAGAUGAGUACUCUGGCAGCAAAAGGUAAGCCGCGCACAUGUAAUCAAUAAAUUUUCAUGAAAGGAAACAAAAAAGCAAACUGAUUAGCUAUAAAUCAAAGAUAGCCUGUUAAGUAUAUUAGUGUCGUUUCACGAUUCCCUGAAAUAAUCAGUAUAAGAAGAGAAAUCGGGCUUCCCACGAGCAAGUGCGGAGGCAAAGUGAGGCUCGUUCUUCGUGGUAAUCGAAUUUGAUUCACUCGCGUUAGCAGCAACAUUAUUACCAAACUACAAAAAAACGCAAUCAAUAUUAAGUAUUCUACUGUGCUUGUGAAUUGUUCAUCAACUGACUCGCGUAUAAUGGUUAACAGGUUAAUUAAAAUACAGUCAACUCUCCCGUUUUUAAGUCAUUUUACUGUAGGUAUACUCUCUAUAAGACGGGCACCUCUUCAAAACAGACAACUCGAGACAACGGACACUUUGAGAAGUGCUUUAUGCAGUGAAAAUACCUCAAAACGGAAACGUAGGUGCUCUAUAUGACAGUACUGAAUUGCAAACUUUUUAAUAUUUUGCAGUCUUUCUCCAGUUCAUAGAGUGCAUACUGUUACGCUUUUAGACCGCUAAGUCGUGAACGUUUGAUUGUAUAAUAAAAAAAUGAUUUCACUUUUGUGUUACAAUAUUCUAGUUUUAGCUCUUUUUCACAAGUUAAACAGACGUGUAUUCAUUACGAAUGCGUUCAGCCUAAGUUUUUACUGGUGUCAAGUUACCUUGACCCUCUCUAAUCUGGACAUCUGUCUAAGACGUACAGUUCCGGCCGGUCCCGAAGGUCUCCAUCAAAGAGAAAGUUGA